AUGCAUAUUAUAAGUUUAUUUUUCGUGUUUACAUCACUUAUAUCGGAUUCCUAUAAUAUUGGUGUAGAUUAUUACGAUGAUUACAAAACGACCGAAGACGAGAAUAAUAAUUACACCGAUGUAACCGAAUCAAUCGAGCGUAGAUUUGCACAGAACAAAGCCAAUGAAAAAGAGGUGAAGUCUGUAAACUUUAUUUCUGACCAAACUGAUACAAGACCAUUCUUCUACACCACAAUAAAAUACGAACAAUCCAGUCCUAUAAACAACACCGUAAAAGAAAGUUAUUCAGAUAUUCCUACAAGAAAUAAACUAACACAAGUUUUUCAUCAGACACUGUCAAACCAAACACCAGAAUUUAAUUUCUUUAAAGAUUAUGUUUAUAUUUACGAUGAUGAUGAGUCUAAAAUAUUGCGACAAGAUAAUGUUUCAAAACAAAUACAAAAGGAAACACCUGUUAACGAUACUGCUCAUGUUAAGUUAAAAGAUCAUUCGGUCCAGUUUUACAAUUUAGAACCGGCAGUUGAUAGAGACAUUUUCAAGGAGUAUCCUAAUGACACAGACGAUGAGAGUGUUUGGUACGUUCCAGAAAAUUAUCCAUGUUGGGAGCUUCCUUUGUUAUAUGGUGAAUUAGGACAGAGGAAAAAAAAGUCGGAAGUGUUUUUGAUACUUGGUGGGCGAUUAAGAAAUGUUGUCGAACCUGACUAUAAUGAAACAAGUUUUAAAUCCCAGAACUCACAGCGUGAUCAAAUUGUAACGAACCGAUGGUGUGGCGUUCUACCGUGCUAUGGUGAUCACACUCUAUGUCUCUUUCCAGAUGACAGUCUCUCAAAACUCUGCGAAAAGGGGUAUACGGUAGAAGUACCUUCGAUUUUAGAUCAGAUUGCUUUGGUUAAUACCAUUAACUCUAUGCGCAAUCGAGUUGCAAGUAGGGAAUCCGAUCGAUAUUACCAUUUGCCUUCAGCAGCGAAUAUGAAAGAGAUCAAUUAUGACUAUGAUUUGCAAAAGGUCUCGGAAGCUUGGUUACGUCAAUGUUUGCCAGGACCAGCACCUUGUUCAGCUCUGGAAGGGAAUAGCGUUUCACACCUUGAAUGUACCAAAUAUGCUGAUUUCUGUUGUGUAAAGUCACCGGGAUCUUCUUAUAUAUGCACACCGAAGACAGAAUGUUUUAUUUCGCCAAUAAUAGGAUGUAUUCACGUGUGGUUUUGGAGUGGUGGUAAAAAUAUACAACCGGCUGAUGUACAAUGUGGUCGCACUUCUGUGAAUAAUUUCAAUGCCGUUCAACUACUCUGGGCGAAGACAAUGAAAAUCGGAUGCGCCUAUGGUAAAAGAAGCAAUGGCGAUAUAAGAGUUGUGUGCAACUUUGCACCCGGGGCCCCGUACUUUUUAGAUACCAAAUUGUUUUGUGGCGUAAUAGCCCACAAAUAUAAUACAUAUGCGGAAAAUCGUUCUCUCAAGGAAAACUUCGUGUCAUCUUUAGCGACAUUUUGGAAUGAUAUCCAACCUUCUGAUAGAGAUACGGUUGAAAGAAUUUAUAACAGUAGUAUUCUAAGUUAUUUCAAAAUAUCUGAUACCGCAAAUACUAUAUGGGGUGUACAGAGUUUGAAUAAAAUAUAUAAGGAGGGCUGGGUACGAGAGUUUAUUCACGGUCGAAGAAACGGGACCAAAGGAAUGAUUGCUCGUCUGGUAACGAAGUACACCUUUAUAGAUGAAAGCGAAGCUCGCUGCGAUACGAACGAUUCUAUAUAUAUUUCUGGAGAACCUGGCUCGCUCUGUGUAGAAAGAGGGAGAAGAUACAAUAACCUUUGUUACGAUUUUAGAGAUCCUACGCCCGGGUACAGAUCUGUGGCUGUAGCUGCUCCAAUUGCACUGUUCUCUUUGAUACUAUAUGACUUAUUUAGUGGUGUUGUACGGCAAUCUAAUUAA